CACAUUCUCUCCUUGUGGCCAAUCAUGCGACAUCAGCUGUCAAGCGGAUUACCUAAAGCCUGAACAAACCAAACGGCUGUUUUGGUAAUGGUGGUGCUGGUGGUGGUAAGAUGAGCACAAUUUAAUGUGGGAGACAUUUAUAGGGUGUCCAUAGUAACCCACAGCACCUGCAAACGGAGGCAAACACUCCAUUGUCAUCUUUGCCUUAAUGUUGGCAAGGAUGAAGCCCUGAGGAACCAAACAAACAUGUCGGGAAUACAAGCGCAAAGGAAACAGAAAAAGCUGAAGUAGGCGCACCACACCUUUCCGCGUUUUUCUGAGCCUAUAGAUAGCAAACUGGCGUUCACGCUGCCCAAGCGUCGGAUGUGUUAGAAAUUGCGUACCAAUGCUCUUUUUUUCAGCUGCGAAAGGACAGUCGAUGGGCAAUGAUGUCAGUGCUAUGGACACUGGAACGCUAGAACUAUAAGGGGACGUUCACAUCGUACGUGUUUUUGCGUCUGUCCGCCUUGUUUUUUAAAUUGUUUUCCAAUGUAAACUUGCGCUAGACGGACGUUUUAAGCGUUGCGUUUUCUUUCAGCGUCUCGCACAAAGCGCCGCGUUUUUUAAACGCCUUGUCAAAAAAAAAAAAAAAACUGAACUGUUAAAAACGCGUCUUGAGACACCUCCGUUUUGUUAUAUUUGUUGGGCCACGUCUUGCUUCUUUUUUUUUUUUUUUUUUUUUUUUUUAAAAAGUCUCGUGUAGGAACGCCGCGUUUUCAGUUAAAAAGAACGUCAACUUUUAAAAACGCAUCUCGAGACACUUGCGUUCUGUUGCGUGCGUCUGAUCAUAUUCGAACUGAACAGUCCUUAAGAACUGCUGCGGAGCAUUAAUUGCAAACAAACAAGCGUAUUGUUUUUUGUUUUUUUUAGUAGACGUUUUAUAUUUUCCUUUCACUAAAACUGGCCAAACUGUAGAAGAAGUCGCUGUGUAAUCGAAUGAUGUGAUCUAUAUUCGCCUGUUGUGUUCUCAAAGUUGGCGCUUAUAUAUAUAUAUAUGCUUAUAUAUCUCUUUAACUCCUCAAUCCAUAAUGCUGUCCACUUGGAACGUUAGUCAACCUUGACGCCACCGAAAUGCUGCCGGGCUCGAUUCAGAUAACGGGAGAGGCGCUGUCCGGUGCUGAAAUCAAAGAUAUAUGCGACAAUCUGAAAGAGAACAGUGUGAGGCUUCUGUCUGUACGAGGAUGUCAGCUGUCCGAUCGAGACUUCGGCCGUGUGUGUCGCGGCGUGGCAGAGUCGCAUUCUCUCGCGCAACUGAACCUGAACCUCGGUGUUGUGUCCACCAUCAACCGGACGAAGCAGCUGGCAGAUGCGCUGAAGGCCAACAGAUCCAUCCAGACACUCUUUCUACAUGGGAGUCCACUGUUAGAUGCAGGACUGGUCACUCUUAAUGUAGCUCUCUCCACUCAUCCCUCGCUGGUGUCAUUGGACUUGGGCGACUGCAUGCUGGGUGAUGAAGCAGUGCGUCUCAUCUGUGGCAUGCUACCUCCGGAUGGAGCCAAAUCAGGGCUUAAAGAGCUUACACUGAGUGCCAACCCAGCCAUCAGCAGCCAGGGUUGGGCUCGACUGGCCAUCGCUGUGGCUCACAGCUCACAGUUAAGGGUCCUCAACCUUGACUACAAUCCUUUAGGGGAUCAGAUUGCUGGAAUGUUGGCUGUCGCUGUUGCGUCCAGUCGAACUCUGGAAGUUCUGGACUUGGAGGGGACUGGCCUCACCAAUCAGUCAGCACAGGUCUUCCUAGACAUGGUGGAGAACUAUCCCACCAGCCUGCGUGUGCUGGUUCUAGCCGAAAACGACAUCAGCCCUGAGCUCCAGCAGCAGAUCUCGGAUCUGCUCUCUGAAGGAGAGGAGGAGGAAGAUAAAGACGGAGAGGCCUGUGGAAGCUCGGUGACCCCCAGAGAGAAACCGGCCUGGGUUCCCCACAUCAUGUGUGGAUGACUUUCCUGGAGUAACUGCUUCUAAGAAGCCGGGGAACAAGGGAAGUACAGAAACUCACAUUUCUCAUGCAAUAUUUAGGAGAGAUCAGAUACUAUUUAUGAAAUAGAGAUUUACAUUUCUUAUAAUUGCCAGGUUGUGAGUUGUUCUCUGUACUAAAUGUCCUAAUGUCAUUAGAUUUUAGUAAGGUUUUUUAACCUUACAUGAACAUUCUGUCAUUAUUUACUCACCCUUAUGCUCUUCCAAACCUGAAUAAACUUUCUUUUGUUGAACACAAUAGGUGCAUUUUUUAAGAAUAUCCUGAUUGCUUUAUUGCUAUAUAAGGAAAGUGAAUGGAGACUGGGGAUCUUUGAAGCUCAAAAAUGACAAAUAGAAGGACAAAAAUAUUAUUAAAGAAGUUCAUACAAUGUGUGAACUACAUUCCAAGUCCUCAGAAGUCAUGCGAUUGCUUCAUGCCACCUACAGACCAAAAUGUACAUUUUUAUUUAAUGAACUUAAUCAAUUCAGGUUGAUUGACACUUGAAAAAUAUAUUAUAGAUUUGCAAGGCAAAGACAUAGGAGGAGCGCAGUGAAUAGGGGCUUAAAUUUGGGUCUGUUCCUCAUACAAAGCUUUCGUAAGGCUUUAGAAGACUUGGAAUAUAGCUUACAGGUCAUACUGUAUAGUCUACUUUUAUGGCAUUUCAUUUGUUAUUUUGGAACUUGACAUUUGCAGUCCCAAUUCAUUUUCAUUAUAUAGAAAAGAACAGCCAGGGAAUUUUUCAUUGUUUUUUUUUUUUUUUUUUUUUUUUGGAAAAAAGCCCUUUUGUGUUUCACAGAAGAUAGAAAGUCAUACAGGUUUUUAACAACAUGAGGAUAAAUACAUGAUAACAGAAUUUUAAUUUCUAGGUGAACUAUCCCUUUAUGGAAGAAUAUUUAGUAGACAAAGACUAGCCAUUCAGAACUGGUUUAGCCUUUUCCUGUCCUCUUUAGAAGUACACAUUUCAAACAUUUACCAAAUUGUCUCUGACCCUUCCAGACUCUUCCAGCUCCCAGAUGGUCCUGAUGACAUCAGGACUGGGUGAGAGCUUUUUGGCAGAGACAGAGAUGUGAUUCUGGAGCUGCCAGUGUUUUGUGUUUGCGCUGUAUGACUGCUGCAAGACCACCAGUUAGCGUGCCAGCACUUACACCGCAUGACCUGUAGCACUUAGAGGAAGACAGUUUGAAGCUGGAGCAAAACACCAAGUGACUUAUAAUACACAAUAGUGAAUGAUUUAUUUAACAGAUGUACAGUCUAUUUAUAAAUAAGUAUUUAACCAACAACAGUAUACUCUGUUUGAUGAGCUGUAUAGGAUUGAUGUGAUGGCCUGGUAUCUGAAUAAAUACGUUUACACCUUUUUAAA